AUGACCAAGCUGAAAAGUUCGAGUGAUCCCGCAAUGAACGGUGUUAUUGUAGAGAAAGCAGGGGCUUUUGUGGAGCCACGUAAUGAUGAUGAUGAUGAUGAUGAUGAUGAUGAUGAUGAUGGGACAGGGGUUCUUGCAUCGACUUCCUGCGAGUCGGGAACCGACAGCCUACAGGUCGCGCUAUAA